GUGAAGUUAAGAAGCCUCAAAGGCACGCAUACAUUAAAGCUUGUUACACCAUAUAUUCCUCUAUACUUCUCUGCACAUCUAUACUCUCGCAUACACAUGCUGUGCCCUAGCUACUGAGAGGGGGGCGAGAGAGAGGCUUUCCUUUUCACUACUUCGUCUUCCUCGAGGCAGUUCUUGUAGCUGGCUUGUGGUUUCUGCAUGCAAAUCUCGGUUUGGAGAUUUAGUUGAGGUAUAUACGGCGUCAUGUAUAGGGAGAGAGAAGCUGCUAGGUCAACUGCGCCUUCGCCGGAUCUGUCUCUGCAUAUCGGCCCGCCGGCGACUGACAGCGCACCGGAUUCUCCAGAGGCGGCGGGGAAGCCUCAAUACUGCGGGCUCAGUACUGCUUCAGAUCUUUGUUUUGCCACCACGCCGAUCGACGGUACUCCAAUCUAUUUGAACGGGCACCAGCACCGACGGGAAGAGUGCUGCUGGAAUCACGCUCUCCUGAGGGGAAGUCCCCUCCCGCUCGACUACCACAGCCACGCUUCCGCGCGCUUCCAGCAGGCGGCGCCGCCGGCCAGCUGGCUGGUGGGUCUGUCGUCGUCCGCGUCGAGCCUCUUCAGCUGCCACCGCCACCACCCGCAGGACGCCUCGCGCCGCGAGGUGACGAUGAGGUCGAGGCUCAUCCUGUCGUCCGGCUACCCGGCGGCGGUCGUGACGAGGCGCAGCGCGAGGGCGCCGAGGAUGCGCUGGACGAGCAGCCUCCACGACCGAUUCGUCCACGCCGUCGACCUUCUCGGCGGCCACGAGAGAGCUACACCAAAAUCAAUUCUGGAGCUGAUGGAUGUCAAGGAUCUAACCCUAGCCCAUGUCAAAAGUCACCUGCAGAUGUACAGAACCAUUAAGUCGACUGACAGACCUGCAGUUUCGUCAGGUCGAUCGGAUGGCUCCAUCGAUGAAGAUUUGGCAGCAGGUAACUGUAAUCAGACAGUAGCGAACGGCUUAGACGCACACAAACAGAAUCAGGAGUUGGACUCGGCUCUCAUGUGGAAUAAUAAUACUUCAUCAUCAAGAGGCAUUGGUAUACAAAUUAACACAUCAAAUGACGGCAUCUAUAGUGAGCUUCGAUCAUGUUCUCAUUCUUCCCCAUUUCAAUCUGCACUACUUGAGGAUCUUAAUUAUUAUACAUCGAACGACUCAAAUGGUUCAUAUCAAGAACACAACAGUCCUAACUUGGAGUUCACUUUGGGGAGAUCAGAUUGGCAUGCUACAUAGUUUCAUGGUUCUUCAUGUUAAUUUGCUUUCAAAUUAUUCAAGACAUCUAAGUCCACCAUGAAGAACCAAGGAAUGGAUCAAGAUUCUUAAAAGGAUUUCCAUUGUUAGUUAAGGUAUUCUAAUAGCAAUGGAUGGAUACACUAACACGAGAUUAGGUAUUUUAUGUUGUGUGUAAAAAUUGGAGAAUGCCUCAAUAUACCUUUUCCUAAUUGCAACUUCAAUAUUUAUGAUUGUAUGCAUAAUUGUUUUUAGUUUUUUGGUCGAAUAUUGUAAUAUAAAAGUUGUGAAGUCAAAGUAUUAAAAAAACAUCAAU